CCGUAGUAUGUGCGUGUAUAUACAGUAUAUAGGUACCUACACUAUAUUCAUAAGUACAUAGUAAUAUUAGGUAGGUAAAGGUAAAAUGUGGAGGGGGUGUAGAAACCAUAGACCUCAUACUUAGUCAUAUUAAUAGGUAGUAUAUAUGUAAGGUCUAUCGUCUACGGUAGAACAUCAUCAUAGCGGGCACCUGUUGUACGUGUACAUCGGCCGUAACAGUAUCCCACGGGUACCAUCUCUGUUCUCACAGACACAUGGCGUGUUUUUAUAAUAAACUUCUCGUAUAGGUAUGUAAUGUGUGUGUGCAGCCUACCAGUACGGAUAUACCACUGCAGUGUGCAAGUGCGUAUACUAUAGGCUACACUACUGACUGCGUAUACCAGACGCGUUACAUCAACUGUUGUAGUAUAAUAUGAAAGAAGGCCGUAUAUGUGUAUUUCAAUAUCAUGCAGUUUGCCACACCUUUACCUUUAUAUUAGGAUGACCAAAAAGGAUUUUGACACAACGAUAUUGGUGACUUGAUCCGGAAGCGAUCUGUUUCUCGAGAACAAUUCACGGGAUCUCCAUGCAAGGCGAUCAACGAACGUUGCACCUUUGUCUAUUGAAGUGCACAAAAGGCUCCACUAGACCGCAAGAGCGCCAGUCGGGUUUGUCUGACUAUUCGGCGUACGUCGGUGAUCGGGUACCGGCGGCACACGCGACGCAGUCCUCGUGUACAUGGAGGCGGCCACGAAAUGGGCGGAGCUCCAUACACUGGGGUGGGAGAACGAUUGUGGCUCACACCCACAACAACAUCACCGAGUCUGGUUCAAAUUCGUUGACCUUGUUACCAGAAUCGGUUCGGCGCGACUUCGGUGUACCGAAUUCGAAGUUUUCCAUCAUUUUUAUACCGAGAUCGGUUUUGAAAAGUAUUAUUUUGAAAAAAAUGACUACACAUUUUCAGUUUGAUAUCGUGAUUAAGUUUCGUUUAUAGUUUUGAUUAGUUUCUCAUAUUUUUCUCGUUAUUUCGAUUUGUGUAACGUGCGGUAACGGCUAGUCGCCGAACGCGCAUUUAUAGUGCAGUACACCACUCGGACUAAUUUCAUUUUUUCCAACUUGAUAUUUACAAAAUACCAAUAAUCGGCAUUCACAAGUGUCGUGUAGCAACCGAUUGCUGUAUGAGUAAAGGCCGCGGUAAUGCGGUGUCUGGCAGCCGGAUAUGAGGAACGGCGGCGACGGCGGUGGCGUUGUUGCGGUGGCGUCCAGAUACCGGUGGAGGUACACGUUGACGCUGAUUGUGUGCGUGAUGGCAGCGGUCGGGGUAGAAGGCUGCGGCCCAUUGCGUGGCCCGUCCAAGUUCCGGAACCCUCGAAAGAUGAAACCUCUGGUGUUUCAGCAACACGAGCCCAACGUCAGCGAGUACUCCAUCACCGCCAGCGGGCCACCAGAGGGUCGGAUCCAGCGGAACGACUCCAGGUUCAUGGAGCUGGUACCCAACUACAACGCGGACAUCGAGUUCAAAGACGACGAGGGCACCGGUGCCGAUAGACUCAUGACCCAGAGGUGUAAAGAGAAGCUCAAUACCUUAGCCAUCAGCGUGAUGAACUUGUGGCCAAACGUUCGACUGCGUGUGAUCGACGGUUGGGUGGACCGAGCCGGUAGCAGCCUGCACAACGAGGGGCGGGCGGUGGACAUCACCACGUCAGACAGGGAUAAGUCCAAGUAUGGCAUGUUGGCCCGACUGGCCGUCGAAGCAGGAUUCGAUUGGGUCAACUACAAUCGUCGGUACAUUCACUGCUCUUGUAAAUCAGAAACGAAAAUCAACACGAGGACGAUGGGCUGUUUUCCGGGUGAUAGCGUGGUGACGACGGGCGCGGGAGUGAAGAAGCAGAUGAAGGACCUGCGGGUCGGCGAGUCGGUACUGGCGCUGUCCAACGACGGGCUGCUCCGGCCUAGCGAAGUGCUGUUGUUCCUGGACCGUAACGUGACGGCGCUGACAGAGUACGUGACGCUGGUGACGGACACGGGCAAGUCAAUAACGGCGACGCCCACGCACCUGGUGCUCCGGUGGGAGAAACCGGAACGGUCGCAGAUCCGAUACGCCAACCCGGUGUACGCGAAAAGUGUGCGCGUCAACGACACGCUGCUGACGGUGAUCAACGGGGACCGCGGUCAGCUACGACUGCGCGCGGAGCGCGUGGUCGCAGUCAGCCGCACCGAGAAGAUAGGACUUUACGCGCCACUCACAGUCGACGGCACUGUCGUCGUGGACGACGUCGUGGCGUCGUGUUACGCCGUCAUCGAUAGCCAGUGGCUGGCGCACCUGGCGUUCCUGCCUGUCCGCGCGUUGGCCGCCGUCCGGACGUCGCUGUACAGCCUCGUCUGGCGGCUGGGCCAUCCGCUGCACGACGCACCGUCACUGUCGCCGGUGAUCGACGCGGUACAGCCCGCGGACGGGAUACACUGGUACCCGCGGAUGCUGUACGCCAUAUCCGACUACGCAAUACCAGCCAGUUGGAUGGACACGCACUGAUCGAUCGCGCGCACUUCAUAAUAUAUAUAUUAUAUAUUAUUCUAACUGUUGUGAUUUGUCAUUUUAUUAUUAGUAUUUAUUUUACAUACAUUAUUGAUAUUAUUUUACUAAAUUAGAUAUUGUCAUACCGCGUACCCGUGUGUGGAUUUUGGUUUUUAUUUUUUAUUUUUUUUUUUUGUCUACGUCCAUUGCACGCUGUGUACUAAACACUGUUUAGUGACCAUUCCGGUCCGCGACAUGAUGUAUUACCCAAAAACAGUCUUCAAACGAAUUGUAUGCCAAAAAUUAUUGAAUUUUUUUUUUCACUUUUGUACAUGUUAUUGUGUGUAUUGUAUAUAAUAAUAUUAUAUCGUAAGUAUUUUAUAAUUUAUUAAUGGCAAAGUGUUUCUCGUACGUAUCGGAGUAGACACACGUAGUUAGAUACAAUACUAUAUCUAAUGGACAUUACAUAUCGUAUAAUGUAGUAAACAAUAUUUAGGUAUAUUUGUGUUACUAGCUGUAUGUUAUGUGCUGCACCUUGUUCAGUAUACACUUGGCACAAGCGUGUGGCUGCUGGCGAACUCAAACUUCUUACCCACCAACAUUUCUUUGAAAGCGUGUCAAAUAUAACUUUUGUUUAAAACGGCACGGACUUUAAUUUUCCAAAAAUGUUUGGGCCAUUCGCGCCAAUGUCUGAGUGUAUCGUCUCCCCUAUCGAAUAUCCGACGCUCCGGAUGUUUACGCUUCCGGUCUUAGUCCCUUUUUUGUAUUGUUCUAGUGAUUUUUUAUUUUUAUCGAAUCUACUCGGAAACGAUGAUUAAUUAUUCUGCUGCUAAUAUCUACAAUAGGUGGUACUAGUUAAUGAUAAUAUUUAUUGUAAAAUUGUUUUAUUUUUACCUUUUGUACGUUUAGGUAUAGCAUCUACUAUAUAUUAUUAUAUUGUCGUAUAAACGGACGCAUUGUUAUUUAUAUUACACACUGUAUGUAUACGUGUAAAUUGUUUUGUAUCAUAUGACUAUUUAUUUUUUUAGCUCCCUCAAUACCGUAGGUUCGUUUACAUAAUAUUAUAAUUUUUAAUGUAAAAUAUGUGCCUGUAUGGUUGUAUAGACAAAUAAAAUUACGCGAAUUUGACGAGUGAUA